UCCCAAGGCGCUCAAUCGAUUCUCCAUCUGGGAGCUGGGGCGCUCAAUUGCCGUCUGGCAAACCCAUCGCCGUGAAACGCUUCCCAUCACCCCCCUCCUACAGACCCCUCCAAGACCGCUGCCAUGGCCUUCUCUACCAAGAUGGCCGGCAGGGCCCCUGCUCUGCUCCGUCAUGGUCGACGACUGCCUGCUACAUUGUCUCGAAGGACACUCACUGCCGUGUCUCUGCACACCCCUACGCCGCUGCUGUCCACCACGCAGACGAGUAGCUCAAUACAGAAGCGGAACUUUUGUCUUACUCGCGCUCGGUGCAAUGCUUCCGUCGCCGACGUCCAGCAGGCUCCAAACCCGAAGGCUUACCUGGAGAGCGGUGUUAUCAGACCGAAAGACAUCGUCAAUGUGAAGAAGGUCUUGGUCAUUGGCAGCGGCGGCUUGGCUAUAGGGCAGGCUGGCGAGUUUGACUAUUCGGGCUCCCAAGCUCUGAAGGCCCUAAAAGAGGCUGGUGUCGCCUCAGUCCUUAUCAACCCCAACAUUGCCACCAUUCAGACCAACCACACACUCGCCGACGAGAUUUAUUACCUUCCAGUGACCCCGGAAUAUGUAUCAUACGUUAUUGAGAGGGAAAAGCCAGAUGGUAUCUUCCUUUCCUUUGGUGGGCAGACCGCGCUCAACCUGGGUGUGCAGAUGCAGCGCAUGGGUCUGUUUGAAAAAUACGGUGUCAAGGUCCUUGGCACAAGUGUGCAUACUCUAGAGUUAAGCGAAGACCGUGAUCUCUUCGCCAAAGCCUUGAACGAGAUCAACAUCCCUAUUGCUAAGUCAAUCGCUGUCGGGACAGUAGAAGACGCUCUCGAUGCUGCUAAUAAGGUGGGCUAUCCCAUAAUCGUCCGUGCUGCUUAUGCCCUCGGUGGUCUGGGCUCCGGUUUUGCCAAUAACGAGGAAGAGCUACGAAACAUGGCUGCUCGGUCUUUGACGUUAUCACCACAAAUUCUAGUCGAGAAGUCCCUGAAAGGCUGGAAGGAGGUGGAGUACGAAGUCGUCCGUGAUGCCAAUAACAACUGUAUCACUGUCUGCAACAUGGAGAAUUUCGACCCCUUAGGUACCCAUACCGGCGACUCGAUCGUCGUUGCACCCAGUCAGACUUUGAGCGACGAGGAGUAUCACAUGCUCCGUUCGGCCGCCAUCAAGAUCGUGCGCCAUCUUGGGGUUGUAGGCGAGUGUAACGUUCAGUACGCCCUCCAGCCAGAUGGCCUGGAUUAUCGAGUGAUUGAAGUGAAUGCCCGUCUAUCCCGGUCAUCGGCUCUAGCUUCAAAGGCUACCGGCUAUCCCCUUGCCUACACGGCUGCAAAAAUUGGUCUUGGGCACAGCUUACCUGAGCUCCCGAACGCGGUCACCAAAACAACAACUGCCAACUUCGAACCUUCGCUCGAUUAUAUCGUAACAAAGAUUCCUCGUUGGGAUCUGUCGAAAUUUCAGCAUGUCAAGCGUGAUAUCGGUAGUGCUAUGAAGUCAGUCGGAGAAGUCAUGGCUAUUGGCCGUACUUUUGAAGAGUCUUUCCAGAAGGCCAUUCGCCAGGUUGACCCCAAAUUUGUUGGCUUCCAAGGCGACAAGUUCGACGACCUUGACUAUGAGCUUUCCCAUCCUACUGACCGAAGGUGGCUGGCAGUUGGCCAAGCCAUGCUACAUAAGGGCUACACAGUCGAUAGAAUCCAUGAACUUAGCAAGAUUGACAAGUGGUUUUUGCACAAGCUCCAAAAUCUGGUUGAUUGCACCAAGGAAAUGGAAGCCGUUGGCAGUCUUGAGGGACUUAAGAAGGAACUUGUUCUCAAAGCCAAAAAAAUGGGUUUCUCGGACAAACAAAUUGCUAAUGCAGUUAAGAGUGAUGAGGACUCGGUUCGCGCGCUUCGAUUAAGCAUGGGCAUCCGGCCCUGGGUAAAGAAGAUCGACACUCUCGCAGCUGAGUUUCCUGCUCAUACCAACUACCUUUACACAACCUACAAUGGUAGUUCACAUGAUGUGACUUUCGAGGAUAAGGGUACUGUUAUACUCGGCAGCGGCGUGUAUCGAAUCGGUAGCUCUGUCGAGUUUGAUUGGUGCGCUGUCAGCGCUACACAAGCCUUGAGGAAGAUGGGCCAGAAGACAGUCAUGAUCAAUUAUAACCCCGAGACCUACAGUACCGAUUUCGACACGGCCGACAAACUUUACUUUGAAGAGUUGAGCUAUGAACGAGUUAUGGAUAUAUAUGAGCUCGAGAGCGCUUCAGGCGUUGUGGUUUCCGUUGGUGGCCAGCUACCACAGAACAUUGCCCUUCGUCUACAAGAAACUGGGAAAGCAAAUGUUCUAGGGACAAACCCCCAGGAUAUUGAUAAGGCCGAAGACCGACAAAAAUUCUCGGAAAUUCUAGACAGCAUUGGAGUGGAUCAGCCUGCCUGGAAAGAACUCACUUCUGUGGCCGAAGCUGAGAGAUUUGCCCAAGAUGUUGGCUAUCCCGUUCUCGUCCGCCCUAGUUACGUACUUUCAGGCGCUGCUAUGACGGUUAUCCGCAGCCAAGAGGACCUCAAAGACAAACUUGAGGCCGCCAGCAACGUCUCUCCUGACCAUCCGGUGGUUAUCACCAAAUUUAUCGAGGGUGCGCAAGAGAUUGAUGUUGAUGGUGUUGCGUCCGAAGGCAAACUUAUUGUCCACGCCGUCAGCGAACAUGUUGAGCAAGCCGGUGUCCACUCAGGUGACGCUACCUUGAUUCUGCCCCCUGUUAACCUCGACGACAACACUAUGGGUCGUCUAAAGGAGAUUGCUGAGAAGGUUGCUAAGGCCUGGAAGAUCACUGGCCCCUUCAAUAUGCAAAUAAUCAAGGCCGAAAAUCCGGAAGGAGGCGAACCGAUGUUAAAGGUCAUUGAAUGCAACCUGCGCGCUUCUCGUUCGUUCCCUUUCGUUAGUAAAGUCCUUGGUACAAACUUCAUUGAUGUUGCUACAAAGGCUCUCGUUGGUAAGAAUGUGCCUGAGCCUAAGGAUCUGAUGGCCGUCAAGCGAGAUUACCUAGCCACCAAGGUUCCUCAGUUCUCUUGGACUCGUCUCGCCGGCGCCGAUCCAUUUCUCGGGGUAGAAAUGGCUAGCACGGGAGAGAUGGCUUGCUUCGGCACCAACCUUGUCGAAGCGUACUGGACAUCACUUCAAUCUACUAUGAACUUCCGUAUGCCCGAGCCUGGUGAGGGUAUACUUUUUGGUGGUGAUGUCUCGAAGAAAUGGCUUACCACCGUCGCUGAUUAUCUCUCACCUCUUGGUUACAAAUUUUACGCUGCUAGUGAUGACGUUAAGCAGCAUCUAGAGUCGACAACCAAAGACAAGGUCCAAGUGGACAUAAUAGAGUUCCCCAAGGAAGAUAAGCGUGCACUUCGUGAAGUCUUCCAGAAGUAUGACAUCCGCGGAGUCUUUAACCUAGCUCUCGCUCGUGGCAAGACUACGAUGGAUGUUGAUUACGUUAUGCGCCGAAACGCUGUUGACUUUGGUGUGCCGUUGUUUAUGGAGCCUCAGACCGCUAUGCUUUUUGCUCAGUGCAUGAAUGAGAAGUUGCCCCGAAAGGAGGGCAUCCCAUCGGAAGUUCGCUCAUGGUCUGAUUUUAUUGGCGGGAAGCCAUUGUAAAAUACGCAUCACAUACCCAUAUCCACCCAUACUAUCAACCUGGCCUGCUGAUGGUCUUUCUCUUAUCCAUCAUCGAAUGAACAGUCGCGGCUAAUACGAUCCUAAAUCUUGAAAUCCGAUCACGCGCGGUUACAGGCUACCGAUAGAGUUCUCUAACGAAUUUCAGUUCUAACUCAGUAAGGAGUGUUGUGUUUCACUGAUCCUUGGUUAAAGGGGCAACAGGAGAAAACGGCGAGGAAAAGUUACAA